GUACGGGGACGCUCACUACAAAGUAACUUCGCUUAAUUUCUACCUCAAGCGAACAUAGACUCAUCCAAACAAGAUGUCUGCCCCCAUGGAGAAGGUGUGUGUCCCAGGUCAAAGAAUCUGUAGACAUGAUGAGAAGGUGGUGGCUGGAAAUGGUACCUACACCCGAGCUGGCUUUGUUUAUUCUAGUCUGGCUGGAUAUUUAACAACAAAAUCUGAUGAUGAUCAGGUGAUUUUGGAAGUGAAGACAGACACAGAGCUGAACAUUGUGCCAACAGUGGAUGCAGUAGUUACAACCAGAGUGACAAAUGUAAAUCCACGUUUCUGCAAAUGUUCCAUCUUAAGUGUAGGAGGCAUAACUCUAAAAGAACCCUUCAGGGGCCUCAUCAGAAAAGAAGAUGUGAGAGCCACAGAAAAAGAUAAGAUAGAGAUGUACAAAUGUUUCCGACCAGGUGACAUAGUGGUGGCACGUGUUAUGUCAUUAGGAGAUGCCCAUUCCUAUGUGUUGUCUACAGCAGAAAAUGAACUUGGUGUUGUCAUGGCCACAAGUGAGGCUGGUUCCAACAUGACUCCAGUGAGCUGGUGCAAGAUGAAGUGUCCUAAAACAUUGGCAGAAGAAUACCGCAAAGUUGCAAAGGUGCAAGCAAAUUAUAUUAAUUAUUCAGAUACUUGAAUAAUAAAUUAUUUUCAUUUUUAUAAAA